AUGGCUGACUCUGACGAAGAAUAUGUGGGAGAGGUGACGGAAGAUGAAGAUGAUUUACAGGUAAAUCGAGGCGAUAGUACGCGAGCCAAAAAGAGAAAACAGCGUGGAGGCGCAGAGUGGGAGCUAUCCAGAACCUGGGAGACACUCGUGGAAGGUGCAGAUGGUACCAUCAACUCGACUGUCGAGGGGCUACUAGAGGCCGGGAAACGAAAAAGGCUCUUGAAAGACACGACACCUCUACAGCGCGGAAUCAUUCGACACCUCAUCCUAAUCCUGGAUCUUUCGCAAUCUAUGUCUGAGAAGGACCUCCGGCCAACAAGAUAUUUGUUGACUCUCCGAUAUGCUCAAGAAUUUGUCAGAGAAUUCUUUGAACAAAACCCAAUCUCCCAGCUCGGUGUCCUCGGCCUGAGAGAUGGUCUCGCGCUCCGAGUCAGUGAUCUAAGUGGCAAUCCCACAGAACAUCUCACAGCCAUCCAAGCCCUCAAAACACAAGAUCCAAAAGGUCUACCUAGUCUUCAGAAUGGAUUGGAAAUGGCACAGGCUGCUCUUUUCCAUACGCCUAGCCAUGGCACCCGAGAAGUAUUAAUUAUAUAUGGCUCCCUCCUUUCCUCCGACCCCGGAGAUAUCCAUCAAACCAUAGGUACCCUCAUAAGCGACAAAAUUCGGAUUGGGAUCGUGGGCCUCGCAGCCCAGGUGGCCAUUUGCCGAGAACUUUGUGCGAAAACCAACGGUGGCGAUGAAACAACAUAUGGAGUAGCACUGAAUGAGCAACAUUUUCGGGAGCUGAUGAUGGAUGUGACUACGCCACCAGCUACCUAUUCACAGAAAGAAUCUGCAAGCUCACUGCUGAUGAUGGGGUUUCCCUCUCGUACAGUGGAAUCCAGCCCUUCUCUCUGCGCGUGUCAUUCAAAGCCCUCACGAGGAGGCUAUCUUUGCUCACGAUGCAACAGCAAAGUGUGUAGUCUUCCUGCUGAAUGCCCAUCCUGCGGGCUUACACUGAUUCUUUCAACUCAUCUGGCACGGUCUUAUCACCAUCUGUUUCCCUUAAUCAAUUGGGUCGAGGUGCCAUGGCGUCGGGCCUCACGAAGUUCGGCUUGCUUUGCCUGCGGUCUAACUUUUCCAUCCGUGCCCUCGCAAGAUCAAUGGCCAAUGACAGAGAGCCAAACUAAGGGGAUGAGCGUGAGCAGUCGGUACGAAUGUACCGCUUGUCAUAACCACUUCUGUAUCGACUGUGAUCUCUUUGCCCAUGAGGUCGUGCACAACUGUCCCGGUUGUCAAAGUAAAACAGCGCUUUUGCAUUCUGACCUAGCCAGGCAAACGGCAGAGGGAAUGGAUACUGCAGGUUAG